CAUUUUUUUAGACUAAAAGGAAAAGGAGAAAAUUCAAAAAAGAGAGAGAAGGAAAAAAAAAGGAGAUUCCACGCGCCACACGCGCUCCCUUACCACUCUCCGUUUAUUUGUUACUUUCUCUGUCAGUACUCAAAAUAUUCAUGAACAUAGCAUCCUUUACAUAAACCGGUUUCUCUCUUUCAUUCCUUUGCCUAUCGUUUUUUUUUUCUGUUGUUUGUUAAAAAACACUGCUAAGAAAAACCGAAACCAAAAUCUCUUUUCUCUACAAUGGGUUUUGCUCAGGAAUUUAUUAUGAGCCGAAUCAGGAGUGACCCCUUCAUUGUUCCCUGUUGUUUUAAGGGGAAAUAAAAAAGAAAUUACAUAUUGUCUCCAUUAAUCUUCUUUAAAUAUUUCAUUUUUGAAGUUAUAUUUCACUGCCAAUGAUCCGUUUUUUUUUUCUUUUUUCAUGUGAGCAUGAUUUUUCUUUGUCUUUUUGUUAAAUCUGGAAACUUUAUCUGAAUCUACCAACACCCAUUUCUUCAGUUAUCCCGGAAUCAGCUCCACUACAGGUUCGUGAGCAUGUUUUCUGGGAGAAAAAUUUUCACUUUUUUUUUUAUUGAUCCGUUUCCCUGUCUUUAAUCUAAUGGUGUUUUGGUUUAGUUGGUGAUGCUUGUUGAUUCUUUUAGUUAUGUGGGGUUUUCACCUUUGAUGUUUGAUUGAUAGUUAGAUUGAUUUUCCUGUGUUUGAUAUUAUCUCCCUCUUAGAGAUCAGAAUUCUGGCAUUGUCCUCCUUUUGAGGAAUUUUCUUUAGCUGUUCUUCAUCAUGAAGGGAGAGACUUCAUGGAUCAGCCAUUGCUUUGAUGACAUGUCAAAAGAAGUUGGUGGCUUAGAUUCGUUUUCGGAGCUUAUUGAUGAAGGUAACAAAGAAACUACUGCGGUUUCUGUGGACUUAAUCCUACCUGACGACUUGUUAGAACGGAUCUUGGCUUUUCUCCCCGUUGCUAGCAUUUUUCGAGCUGGUUCUGUUUGUAGAAGGUGGCAUGAGAUUGUCAGUUCCAAAAGGUUCCUAUGGAACUUUUCGAAUGUUUUAUCGCAAAAGCCUUGGUAUUUUAUGUUUACUAGCUCUGAUGAACCGGUUGGUUAUGCCUAUGACCCGAUCCUUCGAAAGUGGUACGGCAUUGAACUGCCUUGCAUUCAGACUCCUAACUGGUUUAUUGCUUCAUCAUGUGGCUUGGUUUGUUUCAUGGACAAUGACAGUAGAAGCGAGUUGCAUGUCUGCAAUCCAGUCACCAAACAUUGCAAGAAGCUCGAGGAUCCCCCUGGUCCGAAAUUCCCUGAUUAUAGUGCGCUGUCGAUCUCAGUGAACAGGAUGUCACACAAUUAUACUGUAUCUGUUGUGAAGUCUAAACAAGUUCCUGGGAAUUUUUUCCAAUGGGACCUUUCAAUUCAUAUUUAUGAUUCGGAAACUAGGAUGUGGGCAACCUCCUUGACUGAGGUUUUGACAGGAUGGAGGGGUGGAGAUGAAAGUGUGAUCUGUGAUGGGAUUUUAUACUUUCUGAUAUACUCAACUGGGGGUGGCACACCAGAAAACCGGCAUGGUCUAGUUACAUAUAGUCUCUCUGGUCGAUCAUCUCCGUUGUUGAGGAGUUUUAUUCCAGUGCCUGGCCCUCUUUCUUGCGGUCGUCUGAUGAACCUAAAGGAAAAGCUGGUCGUGGUUGGAGGUAUGGGGAAGCAAGACCGGCCUGAUAUAAUCAAGGGGAUUGGAAUCUGGGUUCUUGAGGGGAGGAAUUGGAAUGAGGUUGCUCGCAUGCCCCAUAAGUAUUUCCAAGGAUUUGGUGAAUUGGAUGAUGUUUUUGCUAGCAGCGGUACAGAUGAUCUCAUAUAUAUCCAGAGCUAUGGUGCUCCGGCUCUUCUUGUUUUCGACAUGAAUCAGAAACUAUGGAAAUGGGCGCAGAAGUGUCCGGUAUCAAAGAAGUUCCCUCUUCAGCUUUUCACUGGUUUUUGCUUUGAACCUAGACUCGAAUUUGCUCCUUAAUUGAUUUCUGAUUGGUUUGAGGGUAAUUCAUCCCAAAUUCCCACCAUUCCUUUUUCCUUUUUCGGCUCUUUCCCUUUGGCUUUUAUUUUGAGUUAUUAUGAAUUAUAUCACUGUCCAAAAGAAAAUCACACAGCGGGUAAAGGUGGUCAUUUAUGAAAAUUGAAGAUAUUAGUAA